CUGUGGCCGGUCCGGGAGGUGUGUACGGGGGGCUCGGCCUCCUCCUCCGGGCGUCACAUCCGGCGCUGUCAAAGGACAGCACAAACAAGGACGAGCCGAGAGAAAGCCGGACACCGGGCGGAGGGAGAGCACCGAUCACCGGGAGAGGAAUAUCUUUUUUUUAUCGCCUGGUCAGAAAUGGAAUGCUUGUGAAGCAGUGCCUCAAAACUCCUGGUUUUCCAUGGUCAGCAGAAUAUAAGAGGUGUAAUGGUUACAGACACAAUCUACCAUGUCCACCAUCAAGGUAGACCCAGAUGUGGAGUUUUGCUCCAUUGCUCCCUUGGAGGAUGAUGAUCUUGGGAGCCCGCUGCCUAAGGAGUUCUUCACAGACUUGGGGGACAUCCAGGAUAUCUCUCAUAAUAUCGGGGAUGACGGUUCAAACUCAUUCGGUGUGGCAGAGUACCAGUAUCUGGGAAACAGCCCCGGCUCAAAUGGGUCUAUUAGCACAGACCAGACGGAUACCCUCUCACCAGCGUCCAGCCCAUCUUCUAUCACCUUCCCAGCAGCACUGAGUGGCACAGAAGACCCAAGCAAAUCUCUAAAUAUCGAAUGCCGGGUGUGUGGAGAUAAGGCGUCAGGAUUUCACUAUGGAGUGCACGCCUGCGAGGGCUGCAAGGGCUUUUUCCGAAGAACAAUACGCCUGAAACUGGUUUAUGACAGGUGUGAGCGGCUCUGUAAAAUCCAGAAGAAAAAUCGGAACAAGUGCCAAUAUUGCCGGUUCGAAAAGUGCCUUAGUGUGGGAAUGUCCCAUAAUGCGAUUCGAUUUGGGAGAAUGCCUCGUUCAGAGAAAGCGAAGCUGACGGCAGAAAUUUUGACCAGCGAGCAGGAUAUCAAGGACUCUCAGAUGGCCGACCUUCUGUCCCUAGCCAAACUCCUCUAUGACGCCUAUCAGAAAAACUUCAACAUGAACAAAUUAAAAGCUCGAGGCAUUCUCACGGGCAAAGGCAGCAACCCACCAUUUGUAAUACAUGACAUGGAGACGUUGUGUAUGGCAGAGAAAACACUGGUAGCCAAACUAGUGGCCAACGGUAUUCAGAACAAAGAAGCUGAGGUACGCAUCUUCCACUGCUGUCAGUGCACUUCUGUGGAAACUGUCACAGAACUUACAGAGUUUGCCAAAUCCAUCCCGGGUUUUACUGAAUUGGACCUGAAUGAUCAGGUGACUCUAUUAAAAUAUGGAGUCUAUGAAGCCAUGUUUGCCAUGCUGGCUUCAGUGAUGAACAAAGAUGGGAUGUUGGUGGCCUAUGGAAAUGGUUUUAUUACCCGGGAGUUCUUGAAGAGUUUGAGGAAGCCAGUUGGUGACAUGAUGGAACCGAAGUUUGAGUUUGCCAUGAAGUUCAAUGCCCUGGAACUGGAUGACAGUGAUAUUGCAUUAUUUGUUGCUGCUCUUAUUUGUUGUGGAGACCGUCCUGGACUGCUCAAUGUCCCAAGCAUAGAGAGAAUGCAAGAAAACAUUGUCCAUGUACUGAAGCUUCACCUCCAGUCCAACCACCCAGAUGACGGCUUCCUCUUCCCAAAACUUUUACAGAAAAUGGCCGACCUGAGGCAGCUUGUAACGGAACACGCCCUCCUCGUCCAGACCAUCAAAAAGACUGAAACCGAUGCAGCUCUUCACCCAUUACUGCAAGAAAUCUACAGGGACAUGUACUAAGGGCUGGAGGAAUUGUUUCGAGGAUUCUUUUUUUUAUUCGUUCUGAUGGGAGCAAGGUUAUACCUAACCAUUUUCCUCCUCUCGCGGAUUUGGUUAAAACGCAUCCGUGCCUUCCACUUUGCCAGUGCUAAAAGACAGCGGUUUUAAAGUUGUUUUAAUGUGUCACAAAGAAAAUAUCCUGAAAACAAAAUUCCUUGUCAUAUUGGUCUUCCUAAAAAAAAAUCCAAGAAAAGGAUUAUAUUUUAAUUUUGUCACAGGAUGUCUCCGGUUUUACAAGCAGUCUAGAUUUAGUAGAUAAUCUAGCAAUAUUUAAAUCAGGUUUAACUCAGGUCAAUCCAAGGAGAGGGAUGUCCUUGGUAUCAUGGUACUCCACUGUCCUUACACUUUCUGACCUACCAUUUCAUAGACAGCCUAAAUCAAGAGCCUUUAUGUCUUGCUAUCAUCUUGGUUAGAUCAAGGUUCGGAGUAUCACACAAACCUUCAUACUUCUCAGAAACGUUUGUUGCUCACUGCCGUCCUUAUUGAAACUUUCCAGCACAUCGGAUGUUAAAUGUGUUCUAGCAGAACAUUGGAGUUUGGGGAAUGAAGAUACCAUUGGCGUAAUUUUUUUUUUUUUUUUUUUUACUAAGCGCAAAUGUAUGAAACUUUGGUACACGGGUAAAGUUGGCUGCUUCUACAGAAAAAGUUCAUUUUUAAUGGCGAACAAGAAGAUUCGGUUAAGGCACUAUAAGAUGCAUCGCUACCAUGGGCCUAGAGAUGGGCUUUCAGGCUCCCUAAACUGAGAAAUAGAGAAUUUUAUUACAGAAUUUUAUGUUCAAUACUUAGAAAUGUUUAUGGAAUAUAUUUGUAAGGUACUUUGAUAUAAAAGAAAAAAAUAAAAGAUAUUUUGUAAAGCCUGCACACUACAAAACCUUCAGCACAUGAUCGCAAAAGGGGAUCUUUGCUACCAGAGGAUAUGUUGGCAUAUUUUUGAAAUAGAACCAGAUGAUCAGCUCCUUUGGAGGAUACAAAAGGUCACACUAAAAUGUACUGAAGAUGCAGCGUAUCUUUCUAUCCUUUUAAUAUUCAGAAACUCAUUGGGGGCAUUUAUCAAUUCUGCAUAUCAUGUCAAACAGAUAAAUUCACUAUAAUUAUACAUAAAUUCCUCUCUCAGCUACUCAAUUAAAAAUACAAUUGAGCACA